AUGGAAGUGCUCGCUACAGUCUUACGUAUUCACACCUGCAGAGGACUAGUGCGACAGUUAAUUCAGAAAGUGAAUGAUAUUCUGCGUGUGGAGGACGAGAUGAUGAGGAGUAUAGUGACAGAGACCAUAAAGUCGAUGGAGAUUCCUCUCAAGUUUUACUGGUCGGCCGGCGUGAUAUCCAUAAUACUGUGGAGUAGUCCACCGUUUAUGCUAGUCUUUCAAAAAAAUUCCUUUUUCUAUAUAGAUUACACGGCGCCAGUUGUCUACACUAAAGAGCCAAUCACGACCGGUAUCUUUGUGUUGGGAAGCGUCAUCGUCACGAUGAGCAGCGUUUACAUUUUUACCAAAAAAGUCGGCGUGGAUAGCUAUAUAAUAAAUCUGAUGUUGUUAAUAACGGCACAAUAUAAAUACAUCGCAUUAAAAUUAUCGAUGAUAUUUCAAGAUAAAUUGCUUCACAGCAAAUCUAAUACAAAGAAAUAUCAUCUCAAUAGAGAUUGUUAUGCAGAAAAAGAAAUAAAAGCUUUAUGUCGGCAUCAUAAUACUGUUAUCCACAUAAGUUCCUUAAAUAUUUGGUUAAACCUGAUCUCGGGCAAUCUGUUACCGAUGUCCGGCAAUUCGUCAUUUUCAAUAUUCUGGAAGAUGUACAGUGCUUUCAUGUGGUCGCUCUUAUGGUUUUGCGCAAGCAUGAUAGUCUGUGGCUGCUUCUUGGUGCCGUUAGAGCAAGCGCUGGUCGAGGGGGUACUCACUCUGGUCGUCAUGGCAGAGGCAGUCAUUGUCGUCAUGCGAAUACACGGGCAGAGAACGCUGGUACGAAAUCUGAUAGAGAAAGUGAAUGACAUCCUUAACAUCGAAGACAAGAGCAUAAACAAUAUCGUAGUAACGAAUGUAAACCCAUUGAGGGCUCCAUUCAAAUUGUACUUAGUUCUCGGUACAUUUUCUACCACCUUCUGGUGCUCCUUGACGCUCACGUUGGUAUUCGAAAAGAGUGUUUUUCACUACACGGAUUUGAAAACACCAGUUAUUUUUUUCAAGCAGCCGUUCUCUGCCGGGUUUUUUCUAUUGAGUACCACAUUAUCAGUGGUUGCCAAUGUUUAUGUUUUUCUAAAGAAGAUCAGCGUGGAUAUCUAUACGACACAUUUGAUAUCAUUGAUAACGUCGCAAUAUCAAUACAUUGCUUCGAAGCUUGCAUCAGUAUUUCGAGACGGUUCUCAACAGGAUGAUAGCUUUCCAGAAAAUAAUUCCAGCGUAGAUACCUCCGUAGAGAAGGAGAUAAAAAACUUAUGUUGGCAACACAACAAUGUUGUAUCCAUAAUGAAAAUGUUGAAGAAACUGCUAUCUGUAAAUAUCUUUUUGAUAUAUGUGAAUAGUGUUUUUCGAUUCUGCUUCCUUGGAGUUAUGUUAAUGACUUUUUAGUAUAGCAGAAAUGUUUAUGAAAUCUCAGAUGUUUUCGUCAGGAGCUUUCCUAGCAGCAGGUAUAGUAAUAAU